AUGUCCAUAGAUGGGUUUGCCUUGGUGACUGGCGCGGGAAGCGGAAUAGGACGCGACUGUGCCAUGGCAUUCGCUAGUGAAGGAGCAAAAGGUGUCGCCUUUGCGGACAUCAAUCUGACGGCCGCAACGGAGGCUGCCGAAGAGAGCAAGGCCCAUGCCAGCAACCUGGAUUACCAGGCUAUCGCCCUACAAGUGGACGUAUCAAAUGAAGAAAGCGUCCAACGUAUGGUCACCACGACAUUGAAAGAGUUUAACCGUAUUGACUAUAGCGUCAACAGUGCUGGACUCGGAAUCAAAAACGCCCGACCUGUGUCCGAAACUUGCAUGGCGGAGUUCGACAAUCUGAUGUCCGUCAAUGUCAAAGGUACCAUGCUAUGCGUCCGUGCUGUAAGCGGAGCGAUGAAGGCCCAGGAGGAACGCCUCGUGGCGGGUCGGACCGGGCCGUUUAGCGUCGGUCGGGGGAGUAUCGUCAACCUCGCCUCAGCAAACUCCGUUGUUGCCUUCCCCGAGAUUGUCCAGUACACCGCGGCGAAGCAUGCGGUACUCGGAAUUACGAAGACGGCUGACAAUGCACCUCAUGGUAUCCGUGUCAAUGCAGUCUGUCCAUCGUGGGUAGAAACCCCGAUGAUUGAUAAGGCUUUCGAGGAAAACCCCGAAAUACGUCUAGCAUUGUCCGCUAGUAUUCCUGCGGGGCGCCUGGCUCACCCCGAGGAGGUGUCCAACGUGGUCUUGUUUCUGAGUGGCCCGAAAUCUAGCUAUGUGACGGGGGUCGGGUGGCUUGUGGAUGGGGGAACCACCUUACAGAUGAAACACGGAUGA